GAGACACCAAUAAUAGAAAUUUAUUAUCAACCGGUCGGCGGGGUGGUUUUCGCCUAACUCGAGUAAGGUACGGUAAAUUUGGUGAGAAGCUGUCGCGAGCAGAGAGAGCAGCUAUAAACGAGAUGUACGCUUAAAUAAAUGAACCCUCUAAGAAAUCCCAAAUUCUCCAUCUCUAUCUUCUACCAAAUAAGGAAUUCUACCUCUGCUUAAAACUUCGGAAGAGCUAGAAGAAGGGUCUGAUUCGCCGGCGUCAAUGGCGGUCGUUGAUGAGAAAUCAGGCCCCGAUGGGAAGGUUUGGAGCUUCUGUAGUAUUCCUUUUUGGCAAAACGGCAAUGCCUCGUCUUCUGCUUCUCCUCCCUCGACUUCUGUUCAUAACGUUCAUUUGCAAAGUAAUGGUAAUAAGUCGGCAGAGCAACCCAGCUCUUAUUCUUCCGGUAAGGUUUCGUCAAUUGCGAAAUCUCUACUUCCCACCAGGAGAAGGCUUCGUCUGGAUCCCUCCAACAAACUCUACUUUCCAUAUGAACCCGGGAAGCAGGUCAAGAGUGCUAUUGAGAUUAAGAAUACAAGCAAGAAUCAUGUGGCUUUCAAAUUUCAAACGACCGCACCGAAGAGCUGUUACAUGCGUCCUCCUGGCGGCAUACUUGCUCCUGGUGAAAGUAUUAUUGCCACAGUAUUUAAGUUUGUGGAGCCACCAGAGAACAAUGAGAAGCCUUUGGAUCAGAGGAGGAGGGUCAAGUUCAAGAUUGUGAGCUUGAAAGUGAAGGGUGAUAUGGACUACGUGCCCGAGCUGUUUGAUGAGCAAAAGGAUCAAGUGGCAGUUGAGCAAAUACUGCAAGUUGUUUUUCUUGACCCUGAGAAUUCUAAUCCUGCACUUGAGAAACUGUUCCGACAAUUGGCCGAGGCUGAGGCUGCAACUGAGGCACGCCAAACGCCUGCUGAAGAAACAGGCCCUAAGAUUGUCGGGGAAGGACUUGUCAUCGACGAAUGGAAAGAAAGAAGGGAAAGAUACCUAGCUAAGCAACAGGUUGGAGGUGUUGAUUUGGUGUGAAAUUCAGCUGCAUUGUUUUAAGGAAGUUGAAGUCAGCUUCAUGUGUGAAACUUUCAUUGAGCCAUUUGUCGAAGAAGCAGCGAUUCUCUUCUUCAGUAACCGAGGAUGUUAGCAAUCAAGGGUGAACGGCUUAAUGACUAGAUUUGUGAUGGAGUUUCAUGCUCUUGCAUUUGUUUGGAUUGAAUUGCUAUUUCUUGGAAGUGAAAGUUUUCAGUUGAAUUAGAGCACUAUCACCAUUGAUGUAAAUAGUGGCAGCUGUUAUUUUUUCACCUAGAACUGUACAACUUUUGACAUCAAAUAUGGCAAUCCCAUCUUCAUUUUUCUCUGAAA